AUGCUGCCCACCACCACCGCCUCCUCCUCCUCCACCACCACCACCACCACCACCCCAUCCAUACGCAUCAGGAUCCAACAUCCCCCUCCUCCCCAUCCACCCGCCCCCAAGCCGAUUAUGCUCCUCACACAAACUACCAUCCCGCCCCCUCACCUCAACCCCAUUCCCACACCCAGGCCUCCGACACCUCGCGUGCGCAAGACAAUACCGCGAACCACCCCCAUUCACGCCGCCCGCCGCCGGCUCCGCGCAGCCCUCCUGACCGCACACGUGAGCCCGGCAGUACGGCGACAGCGGCAGGUUGAGGCUCAGCACGCCCAGCAUCAUCAUCGUCUGCGACAGGACGACCGUCUCGCGGAGCUGCUGGCAGCCCUGGACGGAGCACUUGUGGUCGGUACAGUAGCGGCCCAGGACGGACCGCUCGUUUUGGCAGCUGCGGUCUCGGCAGGUGUGGUCUAG